AUGGAGCCCCCGGGCCCCGCCAUGGAGCCCCCGGGCCCCCACCCCGCCCCCGGCCCGGCCCCGGCCCCGGCCAGCCCAGAUGCCCACAGGAAUUCGCCCCGGGCCCCGCCAUGGAGCCCCCGGGCCCCGCCAUGGAGCCCCCGGGCCCCCACCCCGCCCCCGGCCCGGCCCCGGCCCCGGCCAGCCCAGCCUCAGAAGCCCCAGGAUCAGCCCCAGGAGCAGCCCCAGAAAAGGCUCCGGGAGCAGCCCCAGGACCAGCCCCAGAAAAGCCGGGAGCAGCCUCAGGAGCCCCGGGAUCAGCCCCGGGAGCAGCCCCGGGAGUGGCCCCAGGAGCCCCGGGAGCAGCCCCAGGAGCGGCCCCAGGAGCGGCCCCAGGAGCGGCCCCAGGAGUGGCCCCAGAAGCCCCGGGAGCAGCCCCGGGAUCAGCCCCGGGAGUGGCGGGCGUCGCGGCCGGGCCGCAGCCGCGUGCCGGGCCGGGACCACCGCCGCUAUUACCACGAGCGCUGGCGCUCCGAGUACCUGAUGGAGUUCAACGCGGCGCGGCACGGCAUGCGCUGCCUGGUGUGCGGCAGCGCCCUGGCCACGCUCAAGCUCAGCACCAUCAAGCGCCACAUCCGCCAGAAGCACCCCUACUCCGGAGCCUGGGGGCCCCGCGAGAAGCAGCUGGUGCUGCGCGCCUGGGACGCCCACCCGGGACGCAGCCCCCGCCCCGAGGGACCCCCCGGCGGCGCCCACGGGACAGGGCCCCGCGCCCCGGCCCCGAGGGCCACCAAGGUGUCCCCGGGGCGGGUGGCAGUCGGGGACCUGCGGGGGUGGCUGCGGGCGGAGCUGCGGCUGGACCUGGAGGCCGGGGGCCACCGGCUGCGCUGCCUGCGGUGCCGCUGUCCCCUGCCCUCGCUGCACCUCGGGGACAUCCGGCGGCACGCGCUGGCCGCGCACCCCGACACCCUGCGGGGACACGGCGGGGACAGCGGGGACACCGACGCCCUGCCAGCCCCCGGCCCUGAGGAGGAAGAGGAGGAGGAGGAGGAAGAGGCCGCAGGGGGGGUGGGGGCCACGGGAGCCCCCCCUGCCUGA